UGACUCAUCACAUGCUCUGUCCAGGGUAUAUAAGCCUCCUACACAUGCUGGUGUUCACACUCACGAUCUUGCCUUGAGCAGCAAACCAACUCACCACUCCUGACACCAUGAACUACUACGGCAACUACUACAGAGGCCUGGGCUACGGCUACGGAGGCUUCGAUGACCUGGGUUAUGGCUAUGGCUGCGGAUGUGGCAGCUUCCGCAGACUGGGCUAUGGUGGUUGCUACGGAGGCUAUGGAUACGGCUCUGGCUUCGGAGGCUAUGGAUACCGCAGCUGCCGCCCAUCAUGCUAUGGAGGAUAUGGAUUCUCUGGAUUUUAUUGAAAUCCUUCUGUGACAACCUAACAUGAGAGGACAUAAGAAGAUCACCCAAACUUGACUGUAAUAACAAACAAACGAGGUCACCCUGGAUCCAGCCAAGAUCAAGAGCAGUUAGCAUCUAAGAAGUUUAAGAAUACCUGUCAUUCCAUAAUUCUUUGCUUUAUGUCUCUGGUUGUGUCUUGUACCUUUAUAAUUGUGGAGUUUCUCU